AUGUGGGAUAAUUAUAACAAAAAAAUUAAUAUUAUAACUAUUCAAUUAUCUCCGUGCAAUAGAAAAAUAUAUAAUUAUAUCUAUUUCUGUUUCAGGUGCAGGUCACUGAGAACGCCAUCGAACCUUCUGGUUCUCAACUUGGCGAUAAGCGAUUUAAUUAUUCUUUCCAAGAUCCCGUUAUUUAUAUACAAUAGCUACAAACAAGGGCCGGCAUUAGGAAGCUUAGGCUGCCAAACGUACGGCUUCAUCGGAGGGAUGACGGGUACCUGCUCCAUUAUGACAUUGGCAGCUAUAGCCUUGGACAGGUAUUACGUGAUCGCAUACCCUCUGAAUAGGGGAUACCACACAACAAGGAUGAGGGCCUUCGUCUGGAUCAUCAUCAUCUGGUUGUACUCCGCAGCAUUCUCCGUGAUACCAAUCGCAGGAGUCGGCAUCAAGCCCUAUGUUCCUGAAGGUUUCCUGACAAGCUGCAGCUUUGACUACCUAGACGAUAGCGAGAACAACAGGCUUUUCAUCUUCGGCUUCUUCGUAGCAGCCUGGGUAAUGCCCUUCACCAUUAUCAUCUUCAGCUACGUGGGUAUCUGUCGGGCGGUCCUCGUCGUCAGCUUCGCCACGAGGAAGGGCCAGGAGAAAGAGAAGAGGAAGAAGGAGCUAAGGUUAGCCGUUGUCGUGAUCGUCGUUAUCAGUUUGUGGUUCGCUGCGUGGACUCCAUACGCCAUCGUCGCACUUCUAGGGAUUUUCGGACAAAAACAUCUGAUCACACCUCUAGCAUCGAUGGUACCAGCAAUUUUUUGUAAAACGGCAUCGUGUGUGGACCCUUUUGUCUACUCACUCAGCCACCCGAGACUGAAAAACGAAUUGUUUAGAGCUCUCUGCCCGAAGAGAUAUGCAAUGGAGCGGGCCGAGACCCAUAAAACUGUGUGGAAGAUGGAGGGAUCUCGAGGUUCCAUGAGCAGGAGAGAUUACCAAACAUCUUUUAGAAACACCCACCAAGAAGAACUGAUAGAUCUCGAAAGCAUAGGAGAGCCCAUGAGAAAAAGAUCAUCUUCUUCAUCUAGUCAAUUUCAGAGCAGGGAUGUGAGUAUCAAAAGCAUAGAUGGUAUAGUAAUUUAAUGUGAAUAAACAUCUUUUUUAUAAACAUUU